AUGCCACUUGUACAACAAGAAUUCACCACAAGGUCCAACCACCCACCUCCUGGAGCAGCUCCCGUGUGGACUCCACAGUAUGGGGAAUGGUAUUCGAUCGGACCUGGAAUUUGGGAGUUACUUUUGAAUGGAGAACGAGGCUCUGAUAAAAAGUCCGUGCUUCAAUGGUACGACCCAGGCGCAACAUCAGUCACCGAUGAAGUCAUCACACACACGUAUAUCGAAGAGGUUUGUUUCAUCGAAGGGGGGUUGGAAGAUGUUACUCUUGGUCAAUCCUGGAGUACUGGGGCGUAUGCUUACAGACUCCCUGGAAUGAAGCAUGGACCAUACAAGGCUUCUCCUCAUGGCUGUUUGCAAUUUGUCAAGUUGAUGCCAGCCUCGGAAUAA